UAGCAAAGAGUGACCUCCAAGUCUCCAACCAAUGAGAAUCCCUGUAUGUAAAUGCCUGGAGCAGCCAGCUUGGGAGUGAUGUCACAGUCCCCUCUGACCCAACAAUGCCACCACCACUGAAAAGGCCAACCCUGACCUGCAGCUCUUACAGAGAGAAAAAUUCACCACAAGCAGAGCACCUUCUAAUUGCUCCUGGAGUGUAGGGACAAAAGUCUCUGCUGUCCAAGUUCCUGAAUCCAGGAAAAAAGAUGACCUUAUGAACAUGGGGAAAGAAAUCCAGCUAAAACCCAAGGUAAAUGUCUCUUCUUACAUCCACUUUUUGCUGAAUUACAGAAGCAAGUUCAAGGAGCAGCAGCCAAAUGCCUGUGUUGGCUUUAAAGAGUUCUCUAGGAGGUGCUCGGAACAGUGGAGGGCCAUCUCAAAGCACGAGAAGGCCAAGUACGAAGCCCUGGCCAAGCUCGACAAAGCCCGGUACCAGGAAGAGAUGAUGAAUUACGGUGGCAGGAGGAAGAAAAGGAGAAAGCGGGACCCCCGGGCACCCAGACGGCCUCCAUCAUCCUUCCUACUCUUUUGCCACGACCACUAUGCCCAGCUCAAGAGGGAGAAUCCAAACUGGUCGGUGGUGCAGGUGGCAAAGGCCUCGGGGAAGAUGUGGUCGGCAACGACAGACAUUGACAAGCAGCCCUAUGAGCAAAGAGCAGCUCUCCUGAGAGCUAAGUACCACGAGGACCUGGGCGUCUACCGUACACAGUUCAGUGCCCGGAAGAAGGGCCUCCAAGGGUCGGCUAAGAACCAGCGCAGAGGGUUCGAACAAACUGAGUCAGACACGGCUGAUGAAUCCAAUUAAAAUAAAAAUGCCAUUC